CGGCCAGAGCCCAGCCCCGCACUCGCUCCGAGCAGAGCCCAGGCCACGCCGAGGAGCGGUGGGUUUCACUGACUCUGGGGAGUCGUCGUGGGGAGAGAGCAGCGAGGGAGCCUCCGCGCUGGCAAGAACGAUUUCGAAAUGAGCGCCCCUCCGGCAGACGCCAUGGGGCUGAGAGCUGCCCCCCUGCUGCUGCUGACGGCGCUGCUGCUCGCGGGAGCCUCCGCCGGCCGAGAGCGGGACCCAGACCGGUACAAGCACUUCCUGAACCAGCACUACGAUCCCAGUCCAACGGGUCAUAACGCCAGGUACUGCAACCGCAAGAUGCGCAGCAUAAACGGCCUGCGAAAACCGGACGCCAGACCGGGGCCCAAAGACUGCAAGGAGACCAACACCUUCAUCCACGACAACAUCAACAGCAUGAGAGCCGUGUGCACCCCCCAGGGGGGCGAGGACUACGUCACCCCAGCCGGGCAGCGCAUGCGCCGCAGCCGGGGACCACUCUCGGUCACCACCUGCACGUUAAGCGGAGGAUCCCCCCCCAACAACUGCGAGUACAGGGCGACCCACGGCGCCCGGACCAUCGUCAUCGCCUGUGACGGGCAGGGCCGGCCCGAGCACUUCGACGAGAACUGGAUCGUAGCAGCAUAAAGGAGGCGCCGCCCGAGCCCCAGAGUGAGCCCUCGGGCGGCAGAACGGGCACCGCGCCCAGAGGUUUCCUCCUAGGACACAGAACAGCCCCCCCGUACGACUGCUGCCCUAGGGCCCAGUACG